AUCAUAGUUUCAUAGACCUUUCCAAUCUCUCCUCAAUUAUGGAGUUAAUAGAUCUUUUCAUCACCAGUUUAUCCUUUAUUUUUCUCGGCCUGUGGUGGCGACGCUGUUUCUGUUCCGGCAAGUCCAAGAACUUGCCGCCCGGACCGCCAGGGUGGCCGCUAGUAGGCAACUUGUUCCAGGUUAUCCUCCAGCGCCGUCACUUCAUAUUUGUGAUUCGUGAUUUACGUAAGAAAUAUGGUCCAAUCUUCACCAUGCAAAUGGGCCAACGCACUCUUGUUAUAGUCACUAGCCCAGAGCUUAUCCAUGAAGCCCUAGUUCAAAGAGGUCCAGUCUUCGCCAGCCGGCCACCAGACUCGCCGAUCCGGUCGGUGUUCAGUGUUGGAAAGUGUGCAGUCAAUUCAGCUGAAUACGGUCCUCUCUGGCGAACGCUUCGCCGAAAUUUUGUCACGGAGUUGAUGAAUCCAGUAAGGAUAAAGCAGUGCAGUUGGAUAAGAGAAUGGGCUAUGGAGAAUCACAUGAAGAGGUUACAAAAUGAGGCGUUUGAAAAUGGGUGUGUAGAUGUAAUGGAGCUGUGCAGAUUCACCGUUUGCAGCAUUUUGGUUUGCAUAUGUUUUGGAGCUAGAAUACCUGAGGAUUGGAUCAAAGACAUUGACAGUGUAACAAAGGAUGUUAUGCUUAUAACCUCACCCCAACUCCCUGAUUUCUUGCCAAUUUUCACUCCAUUGUUUAGGAGGCAAAUGAAAAGAGCAAAAGAGCUAAGGAAGAGACAAAUGGAAUGCUUAAGUCCUCUUAUAAGGAACAGAAGAGCUUACGUAGAGAAAGGCGAAAACCCUGGCUCAUCGAUGGUUAGUGCAGUUGGUGCAGCCUAUGUUGAUUCUCUUUUUGGGCUCGAGGCACCAGGGCGUGGUCGUUUAGGAGAAGAAGAACUUGUUACACUCUGCUCAGAGCUUUUUGUUGCUGGUAUUGAUACUAGUACAAGUGUUCUUCAAUGGGUUUUUCUUGAAUUAGUACUAAAUCAAGAUAUUCAGGAAAAGCUGUACGAGGAAAUUGUUGAUGGUGUUGGCAAAAAUGGGGCAAUCACUGAAGAUACUGUAGAGAAAAUGCCUUAUCUUAACGCUGUGGUUAAGGAAACUUUACGAGUGCAUUCUCCGGCGCACUUCACGUUGGCACACGCUGCGACGGAGGAGACUGAGCUUGGCGGGUACAAGAUUCCGACUAAUGUGAAUGUAGAGUUCUACAUUGAGUGGAUGACUGAGGAUCCGCAAAUGUGGAAAGAUCCUGGUGUGUUCCGACCGGAAAGAUUCUUGGAAGGCGAUGGAGUUGACGUUGACCUGACCGGCACUAAGGGUACGGUGAAGAUGCUGCCGUUUGGGGCUGGGAGGAGGACUUGUCCGGGGCUAGCUCUUGGUUUGUUGCAUGUAAACUUGAUGCUAGCUAGAAUGGUCCAAGCUUUCAAGUGGGUGCCAACACCAAAUGGACCACCCGACCCGACUGAGACAUUUGCCUUCACAGUUGUAAUGAAGAAUCCUCUCAAAGCAGUCGUAUUGCCAAGGUGAAAAGAAAUAAAUAAAAAAGGAGGGUUCUUUUUGUAUUUUCUGUGUGAAAUUUUUUUACUUGCAAUAAAUACAACUUGUUUUAAUUAGUUGAAAGAUCUUAACUAUGGCAGGCCCUCAAAGAAAAAAAAAAGAAAAAGGAAUCCUGUCCAGAUUUUUAUAUUAUUUUGCAGGUAUUAUUUGCCUACUUGUAAAAUAUAUUUUCACCCAUAUACGAUCCAAUUAAAUGCAAUUGACUUAAUAUCCUCA